UUAUGAUAAGCUUUCAAGUGAUAAGGAGAGAAGGAGACUGAAGAAAACAUUUUAUUUCAAAUUGUCAAUCUUGUUCUUUUGAGAAUUUUUAAUUUAGCGAAGAAAUUACAAAUGAUAAUUAUUUCUGUUCAUAAAUCGUAUUAGUUCAUCUGGUCAAUAUGUAUUUCAAACGCUUAUCCAGAAAUUUCAGUCUGCUUUUCUUUCGCAAUAACAAUCACGUAAUGACGAAAUCAAAGGUAACCAGGACACCAGUUUGCUUCUUCAAUUCAUCUAAGCAGUAUUGCAAAUCAAAACUCUUUUCUAAUGAAGAAUUCGACCAGUCAGAAUCAUUAGUAUCCCGCUAUAAUGUUGAUUUUCAAGCAAUCACUAAUGGAAACGAGGCUAAAAUUAAAGAACUGCAAUUACUUCUGAUGAAACUGGAACUAGAGGUACAGGAACAAACACAAUUACCAAAAACUAUUAAUGCGGACCAUUGGCGCACACUACUGACGCUUUCUGAAGAAGAGAUGCAUGCUUUCUUUGAAUACCGUCUAGCUGUUGAAGCUCUUGCUGAAUCGAUAGAAAAAAAUGAUAUGAAUGCAUUGAAAUAUUUCGAAGAUGAUAACCGUACUACAAGACUAUUUGAUGAAUCCAUUCUGGAACGUAUACCUCAUUUAUACGAUUUUAAAUCGUUACAAGCGAUGCAAUAUGGACAAACUAUAGUCAUUGAUUGCAGUUUUGAGAAAGUUAUGCCCAGACUGUAUAUUUGGAGUACUGCUUUCCAUAUGUUCGAGGCAUGGAUAAAAAACAGAUUUUUCGCUGAUCCAAAUGUUCUUGUAUAUUGCAAUUUGAAUCCCGACGGAGAGUUUUUCUCGUUAAUUAUGGAAAUGAUGAAAGAAACCAAUCAAGAGCCUUAUUUUUCUUUCAAUUGGACUGAUCAAAGCUAUGUCGAUUUAUUUCCUAGAGAAGAUUUAAUUUAUCUGUCUCCUAAUUCUACAUAUGCUAUGGAAAAGUAUAAUGGCAGAAAAAUUUAUAUUAUCGGAGGUUUGUCGCCAUAUUUUGUUGAUCCGGUAACGUAUAAGAAAGCAAAGCUCGAAGAGAUACCGACAGCCAAAUUCCCAAUAGAUAAAUACGUGGAUUGGGGUUGUGGUCCGAAGAAAUUAUCAAUUUCCAACUGUGUGAGCCUUUUGAACGAUCUAAAAGAGGGAUGCCGUUGGAAUUUAGUUUUUAGACAUCUACCAAAGGUGAAUUGGGCUCGUCAUCCGUUGGAUGAAAACGUUCAACAAAAAUAUAAAAAGUACAAACGACCAAGAGAAUUUAUUCGCGAAAAAUACCGGAACGAUUUCUUGAAUCAUUUAAAUCUGAUGUCGUUAUUGCGGUGCAAUGAAAAAUUCAACAAAGUAUUCGUGCAUGUUGUUGGGUUGUUGAUCAUUUAUCAGAAUGAAGGAAAGUCCAGUCAUCAUAAGUAUUUGAAAUAAUUUCUGUGUUAUCAAGCCCAAGCGAACUGAAUUACUGUGAUCGCAGGUAUUUAUUCAAUUUUUUCUCAUCAUGAAGCAACAAUAUUACAAGUUGUAUUGUAAUGCGAAUUAUUUUUUUGAAAGUUACCUACGUGUAUGACUUUUUAUGAUAUCGUAUCGAAAAAAAUCUUAAUUUUUCGUAAAACUAUUUCUAAGAAGUACAAAUGAUUAUGUCACCAAAUUGUUGUCUUAGAUUGAUUUCUAAUUAAAAUCGAUUUUUUAAAAAAAA